ACGAGAUGGCUUGCUGAACAAAUCCACGCCGCUCAGACUCAGACUCUCACCUUCCACCUCCUGAUAAGGCGCUCACACAACCAACGCCCAAGAAGACGUCGGGAGCCCGAGCCUGCAAAGCAGAGACAGGUGUCGGCAGCAAGUGUCAAGUACCUGGAAUGACUGAGUAGCUGCUCUUUGAAUGACAAUGGACGCAGUAACCCGGAGGGCUCCCCGCUGGCCGAUUGGGAGGAUUAUUCAAAAAGUCUCAGAUAGCCAAAACCUGCAGGUCGCAUUUCAAGUUUCUCACUCGGAGAAAUGCUAACGCUGGCCGGACGUUCCCGGGGCCGCAGCCGAGCCCGAGGCCGAGGCCGAGGCCGAGGCCGAGGCCGAGCUCGGGUCUGCGGGAGUCUCCUGGCCCCGGCGCCGUGGGAGCUUACCUUCGGCGCAGUGGCCGAGCAGGGAGGAUGUGAGCCCGAGGCGGCUUCACCUCCAGUUGCCUUCCGCGGCGCGCAACUGCGCGGGCGUCCGCGACCGCAGCGCGGUGCAGCGCUCCUUCCGUAUCCCCCUAACCCGGGCGGCCCGGGGCCGGAGGCUGGCGCGCCGGGCGACGUCACCGCGCGCGCCGGAAGUGCCUUUGGGGCGAGCGGACGUCUGGCUUCGCGGGUUUCACCGGCGGCUGCGGCGGCGGCGGCGGCGGCUGCGACGCGGGAGAGGAACGUAGUGGCUUCCAAAAGAGAUGAAAUGUGGUCUGAGGGACGCUAUGACUACGAACGACUUCCGAGAGAAAGAGUGCCUCCCCGAAGCCAUCCCAGUGAUGGCUACCAUAGAGUAGUUAAUGUUGUGCCAAAGAGACCACCUCUGCUAGACAAGAGACCACCUCUGCUAGACAAGAGACCGCCUCUGCUAGCCAGACCUGAUGAAGGAGGCUACAGUAGAUAUUACAGUCAUGUUGAUUGCCGAGUAUGUGACGAGGGCCGCAGUUUUUCUCAUGAUCGAAGAAGUGGCCCAUCUCACAGAGGAGAUGAAUCUGGCUACAGAUGGGCAAGAGAUGAUCAUUCUACAAGCCGGCAGCCUGACUACAGGGACAUGAGAGAUGGCUUUAGAAGAAAAAGCUUCUACUCUUCCCAUUAUUCAAGAGAUCGGUCUCCCCAUAAAAGGGACGCUCCUUUCUUCAGAGAGUCACCUGUAGGCCGGAAGGACUCCCCUCACAGCAGAUCCGGAUCCAGUGUGAGCAGUAGAAGCUACUCUCCCGAGCGCAGCAGGACACACUCCUCCCAUCAGUCUCAGCACAGAAAGUCCUCGCGUGUCGGUGCUUCCUACAAACGACAGAAUGAAGCAAUUCGAGGAAGAGGUAAAGAGAGAGCCAUCCAGUCUUUGAAAACUUCACGAGAUACUUCACCCUCAAGUUCGUCAGCAGUCUCUUCAUCCAAGGUGUUAGACAAACCCAGCAGGCUGACUGAGAAGGAACUUGCUGAGGCUGAAAGCAAGUGGGCUAGCGAAACACUAGAAAAGUCGGAUGGAAAUAACUUGGCUGAAAUUUCUGAGUUUGAGGCGGGAUCCACGGCACCCUUAUUUAUUGACCAGAUGGAAGAACCCGAGUCUAAUACAGCAGAUGGCCCAGAAAUGUAUGAAGAUAGCCAGAUUAGCAGCCGCUCUAAAGCCAUUGCCUCGAAAACCAAAGAGAUUGAGCAGGUUUACCGACAAGACUGCGAGACUUUCGGAAUGGUGGUGAAAAUGCUGAUUGAAAAAGAUCCUUCUUUAGAAAGGUCUAUACAGUUUGCACUGAGGCAGAACUUACACGAAAUAGGUGAGCGCUGUGUUGAAGAACUUAAGCAUUUCAUUACUGAGUACGAUAAUUCUACUCAAGAUUUUGGAGACUCUUUUUAGAAGAAGUAGUACCUGAGGUCAAAAAAUUUUUUUAGAUUUUUUUCUCCUUGGAUUGUGUAAAUCCGUACUAUUUUGUGAUGAAGAGAAAUACUUUAUGAUAGCUGAGUACAUUUCUUAGUAUUAAAUAAACAUCUACAAUAGCUUUAAAGUAUCUUAAUUAGAAUGUUUCCCCUAUGUGUAGAAUAUUCUACUCUAUCUUCAUACACCUCCUCCCUCCAAAAAUAAUGUUCAAUUAUUUUAAUGUUCAAAAAAGCAGUUCUGGAGAGCAGCUUUCUAUAUUAACUCAUGCUCCAUGGCCUUCCGUGCUGUUCUAGGAUAGUCUUCUGGAGUACCGUGUAAAGGUUGUCUUGAGUUCAGAUGUUCAUUUCUGUACCGAGAGUACUGAGUCUUGUCGGGGCUUUGGUAUUCUAAUUGCCCAGCUCCUUCAUUGUCGUUUGUAAACGUCCUUCUCCAUCACCUUCUGAUUGGUUUAAGAAAGCACUGAUGGCCUGUAGGUCAGGAGAGGAAAGGUGGGACAUCAGGGCAGAGAUAGAAACUGUGGGAAGAAUUUGUAGAGAAUUUGCCACCCGAACACAAAGAAGUCUGACUUUCAGGGACUGAAUGACAUAAUGGGCCACGUGACAAAUGUGGACCCAAAUAAAUGGGUUAAUUAAGUUAUAGGAAUUAUUUGGAAACAAUUCUAAGCUAUAAGGCCUAGGCCUUCAUAAAUAAUAAAAAGUCUCUGUGUCAUUGCUGGGAACUGGUGAGUUGAAACAGUCUGACGAUAGUGAUCAUUUGGUCUCCGGAGUUUAAUUUGUAGUUAAGAUUAUUCCAGGUUGCAUACAAUAGUGGUACUGUUAGCAUUUUGAGAUAGUGAUGUCUUAAUGAAUUAGAAGUUUGCUAUCAUAUGAUAUUUGCUUUGAGAAUAAUUCUUAUUCAAUAUAGGAAAAAUGCACUUGAAAAUCUGUAAGGAUCUGUUAGAACAAACUCUUCCUCCCAAGUCAGUGAACUUAGUUCAUCUCUUCUAUGAAGUGCUCUUGAGGCUCCUAACUGCUCUCUCUCUAGACAAUAUUAUAGACUAACAGGAGGGGUAAUCUGAGAUGCAAGAUGAAUUUUACAUCGAGACGUCUCAGAAACCCUUCUCGUGGGUAUAAUAAAAAAUUAGAAUAUACAGAGCACUUACGUUUGUUUUAGGCUUACAUUGUAUACAAAAAGGGGACCUGACAAGGCACUCAUGCUUGGGGUUAAGUUACAGAUUACUCUGUUAAUCUCCGUGAUCUCAGUUCUGUAGGCUUAGAGGGUCUCACUCGUCACAAGUGUCCUCAGAAAAAUGAAGCAGAAAACAUUGAGGCCAGCAUGGCGGCCAGCACCUCCUGAGUGAGCCAGUGCAUAAGUGAAGAGACAAUUAGGAUCUUUUGCUCACUUCCGGGUCCCUGGUUCAUUGAGGCAAAAUACUAAAUUUGUGACAUUAGGCACCUUAAAAAUCACUGUUUUAAUUACUGCCCAAUCAAAUUAUCUUUUUUUUUUUUUUUAAGUCAAGGUCUUAGAGUAUAUCCCUAGCUUGCCUGAAAAUCUCUGUGAAGACCAGGCUAGCCUUAAACUCACAGAAAUCUUCCCACCACUAUCUCUUACAUGCUGGCAUUAAACCCAUGUGCCACCAUGCUCAGGAUCCUUUUUGUUUGUUUGUUUUCAUUUUCAUUCCGUUGUGUCCUUUUACUUUUUAUUCGAGACAGGGUCUUGCUGUGUACCCUAGGCUGGCUUCAAACUUUCCUUCCCUGGCCUUUAACUUUUGGGAUUCCUGCCUCAGCUUUCCUGAGUUACAGGUGUGAGUCCCGGUGCUUGCCAUUACGUUCGGUGGCCCCUAUGAGCCUGUCUGCAGAGAUACCCCUAAAUCACAUACAGAUUAAAGUAGAAAUAACAGUCUGAUAAUUUUAAUUAGCCCUAAAAUGGAUGUAUGAAGAUAUGUAUUAUGCCAUUUUGAAAAUUUAAAACGAAUUGAGGACAUUUUUUUUCUUCAGUUUUUGAAGUGAGAACUUGGAGUUACUUGGGCACUGAGAUUCUAUGCAUACCUUUUAUGAGCAUAUUCGUCUUCCGUGUGUGUGGUGGUCGAUGCUGGUCACUUCAGUAAGACCACAUGCAAUUUUUCCUUUUUCCCUUCCACUAGUUCUCAGCUCUUCAAAUCAAGUUGUUAACAAACAUAAGUAUAAAAUUUGAGAAGCUACCAAGGCAAACACAUUAUUCAUUUGGUAGAAACAUUCAUUUAAAAAAUGAGAAUCUUACUAUUAAAUUAUUUAAGUGAAGGUCCAGCCAGUAAUCCUCUUCCUUCGAAUCACACUCACCCUUGGAAGCUGUUCCCAGCUUGCCAUCUGUGUUGUUCUGCCAGGCUCCACAGUGUUAAAUGCUUUGUUUACCUUCGUUUUUUUAAAAUGCCUUUUAACAUCUAAAAUUCAUGUGUACUAGAAUAUGUAUUUUAUAAAAUGUUUGUGAUUCUAUAGAGACGUGUUUAUAAAUUUCCCAUUGUUUUUCAGUAUAUCUAAUUCAUGUGAUAAGUUUUCAUUAUCUCACCAUAAGGCCUUGAUGAUCAAUAUGGGGGAAGCAGAUACUCUAAAAUGCAAAUAAAGCAUCCAAUACUAAGCAA